UUGUGUUCACCUUGUGACCAAAGAUCUUAGAGCAGCUCUGCUCCAAGAUCUUUGCUUGUGACUGCGUAUAGCCCCUCCCCUGUGGGCAGCGUGUUGCUUCGCUCUCUCCUCUAGACGCUGUUUCGCAGUCCGCCGGCCGCAGUAGUCAUGGCUGAUACUGACGGUGUGGAUGAGCGGUCGCCUCUGCUCUUUGCAAACAACUCUGGCAACACCACUCCUACAACGCCUCUGUACGUCGAGGAGCCCAGUCCCCGGGGAGAACUUCCACCUCCUUACAGUCCAGUGGCCAGUCCGGAUGUUGGAGGAGUCCCAGUAAUAAACUGCCGUGUUUGCCAGUCCCUGAUCAAUUUGGAGAGCAAGCUUCAUCAGCAUGUUGUUAAAUGCACAGUUUGUAAUGAAGCCACGCCAAUCAAAAACCCUCCUGCUGGAAAGAAGUAUGUACGAUGUCCUUGUAAUUGCCUGCUCAUCUGUAAGGACACAUCACGGCGCAUUGAAUGUCCAAGGCCUAACUGCAGACGGAUAAUAAAUUUGGGCCCAGUGAUGCUGAUCCCAGAGGAACAGCCGGCUCAGCCUGCCAUGCCAGUACAACCUGAAGGUACCCGUGUAGUAUGUGGGCAUUGUGGCAACACCUUUCUGUGGAUGGAAGUUAGAUUCAACACACUGGCAAAAUGCCCACACUGCAAAAGAAUAUCAUCUGUUGGCAGUGCAUUGCCGCGGAGGCGUUGCUGUGCGUAUGUUACUGUUGGAAUGAUAUGUGUUUUCAUUGGAGUUGGUUUAACUGUUGGGACCCAAGAAUUUGCGAGACGUUACCCAGCAACAUAUGUUUCCUGGGUUUUUGCCUAUCUCAUAGGCCUAAUCUGCCUAAUCCGAGCUUGUUAUUGGGGAGCAAUAAAAGUUAGCUAUCCCGAGCACACCUUUGCAUAGACUGAUCAGUUAUCCAGCACAGAACAUCCGAUGAUCUACAAAUCUUUCAGAAUAAAAGACAUUCUCAUGUUAAUACAAAUCAACUUUAUAGACUGGUUAGGUCCAAGGAGGAUAAUGAUGUCAGAAUGUGCAUAUUGCACAAUGGUUUCAGCAAGCGUACAUGUUUUUGUUGCUGAUAAAUUGCCAUAUGCUUAAGACAAAUGUUGCAUAUAUGUUACUUGGAAUGUAUCCCAGUUUUGUUUUGGUUAAACUGUGUCAUACAAUCUCUACAGUAUGCUUUUUCUGGCAGCCAAAACGAAGGAAUGUGAUGCAACAAAUUGCAAGCUUCACACAUGCACCAUUGAAAUUUCUCUGUCCAGGCCUGAUGUUUUCAAAUUACUCCUGUGAAAUUAAACAAAAAAUGCAUAAUAGUUGAGCAAUAAAACCAAGUUCUGUAUGUUAUAUUUUCAAUACUUUAAUAUUUUUAGGUAAUUGCUUUGUAAAAAUACAGCAUUUGAAAUACCUGCAUUGAGAUCUUCAGAGUAUUAUGGUGGCAAUAGUAAAUGACAAUAGACGAUAGGUGCAGGAGUAGGGCAAUCGGCCCUUCGAGCAAGCACCGCCAUUCACUGUGAUCAUGGCUGAUCAUCCACAAUCAGUACCCCGUUCCUGCCUUUUCGCCAUAUCCCUUGACUCCGCUAUCUUUAAGAGCUCUAUCUAACUCUAUCUUGAAAGCAUCCAGAGAAUUGGCGUCCAUUGCCUUCUGAGGCAGAGAAUUCCACAGAUUCACAACUUUGGAUGAAAAAGAUUUCCCUCAUCUCCGAUCUAAAUGGCCUACCUCUUAUUCUUAAACUGUGGCCCCUGGUUCUGGACUCCCCCAACAUCAGGAACAUGUUUGCUGCGGAGUGUCCAAUCCCUUAAUAAUCAUACGUUUCAAUAAGAUCCCCUCUAAUCCUUCUAAAUUCAAGUCAAUACAAGCCCAGACAACGUAUGGCAGUCCCACCAUCCUGGAAAUUAACCUUGAGAAUCUACGCUGCACUCCCUCAAUAGUAAGAAUGUCCUUCCUCAAAUUUGGAGACCAAAAUUGCACACAAUGCUCUAGGUGUGGUCUCACUAGGGCCUUGUACAACUGCAGAAGGACAUCUUUGGCCCUAUUCUCAACUCCUCUUGUUAUGAAGGCCAACAUGCCAUUAGCUUUCUUCACUGCCUGUUGUACCUGCAUGCUUACUUUCAGUGACUGAUGAGCAAAGACCCCAGAUACCAUUGUACCUCCCGUUUUCCUAACUUGGCACCAUUCAGAUAAUAAUCUGCCUUUCUGUUUUUGCCACCAAAGUGGAUAACCUCACAUUUAUCCACAUUAAUCGGCAUCUGCCCAUUCACCCAAUCUGUCCAAGUCGCACUGCAUCCUUAUAGCAUCCUCUUCACUGCCACCCAGCUUUGUGUCAUCUGCAAAUUUGCUAAUGUUACUUUUAGUCCCUUCAUCUAAAUCACUAAUGUAUAUUGUAAAUAGUUGCGGUCCCAGCACCGAGCCUUGCGGUACCCCACUAGUCACUGCCUACCAUUCUGAAAGGGACCCGUUAAUCCCUACUCUUUGUUUUCUGUCUGCCAACCAAUUUUCUAGCCAUGUCAGUAUCCUACCCCUAAUACCAUGUGCUCUAAUUUUGGCAAAUAAUCUCCUAUGUGGGACCUUAUCAAAGGCUUUCUGAAAGUCCAGGUACACUACAUCCACUGGCUCUCCCUUGUCCAUUUUCCGAGUUACAUCCUCAAAAAAUUCCAGAAGAUUAGUCAAGCAUGAUUUCCCCUUCGUAAAUCCAUGCUGACUCGGACCAAUCCUGUUACUACUAACCGAAUGUGCCGCUAUUUCAUCUUUUAUAAUUGACUCCAGCAUCUUCCCCACCACCGAUGUCAGGCUGACUGGUCUAUAAUUCCCUGUUUUCUCUCUCCCUCUUUUCUUAAAAAGUGGGAUAACUUUAGCUACCCUCCAAUCCUGAACUGAUCCUGAAUCUAUGGAACAUUGGAAAAUGAUCACCAAUGUGUCCAUGAUUUCUAGAGCCACUUCCUUAAGAUGCAGACCAUCAGGCCCUGGGGAUUAAUCAGCCUUCAGUCCCAUCAGUCUACACAACACAAUUUCCUGCCUAAUGUGAAUUUCCUUCAGUUCCUCAUUUUUAGAUGAUGCUUAAUUUAUUAAUCAUUUUUUUAAUCUUAUCGUAUAACAUUGCAUACCAUCUUUUUUUUUUUUUUUUUUUUUUAUGCCAGCACAUUUUUAUGCAUACCAUCUUUUUGAUUAAGCAAAAUCAUGUCAGGAAAAGAUUUGGUUCUUGCUGUUGACAUAGUAUGAUUACCUACAUUAAAAAAAUAAAAACAUCAGCCAUUGAAUGUAAUAAAAUUUGUACCAAACUAAUCAUAAAUCCAUUAACUGUUGCUUUGCUGAAGUGCAUGCAGUAUUUUAUAAAUAAGGUAAUAAAACGUAUAAACAUUUGUUGACUACUGUUCCU